UAAAUUAAUUGAUAAAAUGAAGGAAUUUUCAAUAAAAGAUGUACCGGACUUUUCCCGUAAAGACCGUAUUGUAGUUGUUGGUGUGAUAGGCAAGUCGGAGUAUGAUUACCCGAACAAAACAACCCCACUUUUACCCUCAGUAGAUUGUGAUGAAAUUGGAAUUAAAUGCUAUUGGGACGAGCGGAGCAAUAUUCUUUACCUUCACGCCAUAACAUAUUUAGACGCGAAACAACUGACAGAGCUGGCGUGUAACCUCGAGGAAGCCUCCAAGGUGUCAGAGAAGGACGCAGAUGAUGCCCACUGGCUGGUGGCCAGCGGGGACCUGGCCUCGGAGUCCUGCAAGAUAUUUGCCCUCAUCUUCCAUCUCUGCCACAUUGUUGUGUUAUCCUCUCCUUCGCCUGUAUUUGACUUGGGAUACUUACAACUAUUCAAGGCUAUUGAUGCUUACAGAAAUGAACUGCUACCACAGACAACAGAAGCCCUGGCAUCAAGCGGUGCUGGUGGCACCUGGGACUCUCACGGCCGCACAUGCUGCCCUCGUCUGCUGUUCCACUUCCACAGGGCCCCAAGGCAGCUGCGCAGGAACCCGGCCGCCUUGAAGAGGCUGGAACACUCGGUUGAAGACCAGCUGUACUUUAUAUUGAGGAAGGCUAGGAUCAUCACUAAUGUUUGUGCAAAGUCUCUGUUUGCGAUACCUAAGAAUGAGGAGUUUGUGUACAUAAACGCGGACGACGCGGCGGGGCGCGCGCGCGACGUGGGCUCGUUGCUAAAGGGACUCAUCCACCUGUGCAGCGGAGUGCCGCAGGAGCCUCCUUGUGACAGGCCGUCAUUCAAGCAGUUCGUGGGCGGGCACGUGGAGCUGGCGCGGGCGGGCGGCUUCGACGACAACGUGGGCAAGUACGCCAUGACCACCUCCUUCUUCGAGUUACCCAGCGCCCACUCGUGGCAGCUAGCGGCGCGGGCACUAGCUCCAGUGUACCUGUCGCCCCCCCGCGCUCCCCGCGCCCCCCGCGACGACGAGCCCGGGGGCGCGCUGUACGACGCUCUAGCCACUGACGUGCGCUUCUCACAAGCUAGAUGUGCUAAGGUGCUGCCUAUUGCUCAAGCCUCUUACAUGGAAGGUCUUCCGUCACACUAUUCCAGUCAGCAUCACGCUCAUAAGCUAAGCAUAGCGAUGUCGGUGCUGGAGACGAUGGGCCGCGGGCCGCGCGCGGGCGGCGCCCGGGCCGCCCUGAGGGCCUCCUGCGAGGCGGCGUGGCGCGCGCGGCGGCUGUGCGAGGCCGCCUCGCUCACUGACCACCCCUGCCAUCACCCGCAACACGACAGCAGCCGCGAGCACUCGUCAGGCGUGCGCUACGUGCACGCGUGCGACUGCGGGCGCAGCAAGGCGUCGCGCGACGACCCCUACUGUGUGAGGAGAGCCAACCUCGGCUUCUACGAGGACGCGGCCGAGCUGUGUAGUGCGUGUCCGACAUUGACUAGAAGAGAGUUUCCUGUGUUUCAGCCUAUUACUGCUACGUAUAGGGAGGCGUCAGUGGGCGGCGCGCCGGCGGAGGAGGCGCGGGACGAGGACUCGCAGCCCGAGCCCGAGGGCGCCUGGUCGCACGAGCCCACCGCGCUCUCACCAGGGUCUCAGGGUGAGGACGACUCGGAGGGGUCCCCGAAGGCGCCGAGCUCGCCGCGCCGCUUCGACGACGUGCCCGACACGCACGAGCUUACUACCGUUCCAGACAAGUCGCUGGUCCGGCAGCCGUCCACGACAGAGUACCUGCCGGGCAUGCUGCACGCGGCCAGCCCGCCCGGCCUGCUGCCCGCGCACGCCAGCUGGGCGCUCGUGUGCCUCGGCCCCUCCUCGCUCUACUCGCACAGCCUCGGUCUACCGGAACAUCUUCACCCGGGGUUCCUACCUCACACCAACUAUCUACUGCCUUGGGACUGCUCUGUUAGCCGCAUAGAGGCGGUGCGCGCGUGGCGGGCUGCGCAGGCGGCGGCGCGGGGGAGGGGCUCCAAGCCGCCCGCGCCGCACCAGCUCACUGUGAAGAUCUUCAUAGGGUACGAGUACGAGUGUCCCAGGGGACAUCGCUUCAUGAUGUCGUCACCGGACACGGUGACGUCGGGCGGCGGCGGCGGCUGGCGCGGCGGCGGGCCGGGCGAGAUGCCGGUCUACUGCCCCUGCCCGUGCCGCGGCGCCAAGCCCAUGCUCGCCCAGGCCAUGAGGAUACACGUCGUCACGCCUAAAGCGCCGCUACACGUGACUUUGGACCCUAAGGUGCAACCAGUAGCCAACGGUCCCGUAUUCAUCCCACAACCAGUUGGUUCGCCCACCAUCAAGCUAUCAGCAUCCCUCUACUGGGUCCUACGACUUCCAUACAUCUACUGUGACGAGCGAGGGCCCCUACCGCGACCGAAGGUGGUCACAACUAGCGGCUCAAUCAAGGACCAUAUGUUCGGACUAGCCGACUAGUCCGCGCUGCAAUGUCCUGGACGUUUGAAGAUCUGGAAAAUGCCCUGGAUUGGCUACACGCAACGCCUUUAAGUUGGUAGUGAUGAGACGUUAAAAGACGCUUGUAUGUGUUUGAUGUGUUAAUGUUAUAGCUAGCUGUUAAAGCGCAGAUUGGAAAUAACACGCCUCUGAUUUUGUUAAAUGGAUAAAACUUAAGUGACCGUGAAUAUGUGAAAUAGUGAAAAUAAUGUGACAAGAAACUGUAAAUGAUAAAUGUAUGACGUGUGUAUUUGAUAUGUACUGGUGCUACUACGGCCUUCGCUGCCUUGAGAGUUUCACUAUCGCGACCACGGCCCGCCACGAAACUCUGUCAAAUCAAAUCCUAACGCGUCAGGAACAAGCAGUCACAUAGCAUUCUAUGUUGUAAAACGCUCAAGGCUGUGCAGGCUCUUUACUGAUAUGCUGUUUUAAUGACUGCAUUAAAUGUAAACGAAUGUUGUGCACAUAAAGUUUAAAAUUUUCUGUACAUUGUUUUAUUAGAUCAUAAUAUACUCGUAAGCUUUUAUAUCAGCUCAUUGCUUCAGCGAUAUCGCUGCCUGACUGACUCCCGCAAGUUACGAAAAUUGAUAGUAUAUUUCCUAAAACAGAUAAUUAUGACGCUAUCACAUUCUCAACUACAUAGUUGAGAUAGAAAUAUGUAUCUGUGUAAAUUAUACUUCAUAUUAUGUAAUAAACUUGUAUUUUGAAUGGUUUAGUAAUCAGAAUAUUUCUCUGUCCUUAUGUCUUCUGUAAAUAUUUUUGUUAUUUAAUAAAAAGUGAACAUAUGAAAGAAUGUGUUUGAUUUACA